AUGGCCGCACUCAAUCCACGGAAUCACUCGCCCUCGAGCGCGGAGAAAGCUUAUGAGGGUGCCCUUCCCAUCGAGCGAGAGCGAACAGGCUCGCAAGAUGGAGGUGAAGAUAAUGACCCGAGUCAUAAUCUUCAUCGUGGUUUGAAGUCUCGACAAAUUACUAUGAUAGCAAUUGGUGGUGCUAUUGGAACGGGAUUGAUUAUUGGAACGGGAAAACCGCUGGCUCAGGCGGGUCCAGCACCACUCUUGAUAGGCUAUUCGAUUGUUGGUUUAUUGUGCUUUUUGGUUAUGGCGGCUCUCGGUGAGAUGGCUGCUUGGUUGCCCUUGGCGAGUGGAUUUACAGGUUACGCUACCAGAUUUGUUGAUCCGGCUCUAGGAUUCUGUUUAGGAUGGAACUAUUGGUUCAAAUAUAUCAUCGUCACACCUAAUAAUCUUACAGCGGCAUCUUUAGUUAUACAAUAUUGGGUACCGAGAGACAAAGUUAAUCCUGGUGUCUUUAUUGCUAUAUUCUUGGUUGCCAUCGUCUGUAUCAAUUAUUUUGGUGUGAAAUUCUUUGGAGAAUUUGAAUUCUGGUUGUCAAGUAUCAAAGUGGUUGUUAUAUUAGGUCUCAUCCUCCUAAGUCUAGUCCUUGCAUGCGGAGGAGGACCUGAUAAACAGGCAACCGGAUUCAAAUAUUGGGAAAACCCUGGAGCCUUUCAUGAGUACAUCUUAACUGGACAUACUGGUAGAUUUCUCGCCGUCUGGUCUACUUUCACCACUGCCGUCUUCGCCUAUUUAGGUACAGAACUCGUUGGUGUAACAGUAGGAGAAGCCGCCAAUCCACGAAAAGUUAUCCCCAAAGCCAUCAAACUGACAUUUUACCGAAUCCUUCUAUUUUACGUCGUGCUGGUCUUCCUCCUCGGCAUGCUCGUCCCAUAUAAUUCUAAACUUCUCCUCGACGCCACCAAAAAGAGCAACAAUGCAUCUGCCUCACCCUUCGUCGUCGCCAUUCAAAUAAGUGGUAUUCAAGCUCUUCCAGCCAUCUUCAAUGCCUGCAUCCUCAUCUUUGUCUUCUCAGCUGCAAACUCUGAUCUCUACAUUGCAUCUCGCACUCUCUAUGGUCUUGCCUCUGAGGGAAAAGCUUUCAAAAUCUUCAAACGCACCGAUAAGCGUGGUGUUCCCAUUUACGCACUGGGUUUGAGCACAGCAUUCUGUUUCCUCGCUUUCUUGGGUGUAAACACAGCUUCCUAUACCGUGUUUGGCUAUUUUGUCAACCUAGUUACUAUGUUUGGUCUCCUCACCUGGAUCUCCAUCCUCAUAUCCCACAUUUACUUCAUACGGGCCCGUCGCGCCCAAGGAGUUCAAAGCACCGAAUUAGCCUACGAAGCACCUCUCGGUAUCUGGGGUUCCUACGGCGCUCUCUUCUUCUGCAUCCUAAUUGCCAUCUUCAAAGGCUUCGCACUCUUCUUAUACAAGAAAACCACCGCCAAGGGCAAAGCUCCCGUCUUUGAUCAUUCCACUUUCAUCACGACUUAUUUGGGUAUUCCCUUGUACAUUAUCAUGUACUUUGGAUAUAAAUAUUCCAUGAAGACCAAGGUUUUAGCACCAUAUGAAGCGGAUCUUUUCAGUGGAAAGGCAAGGAUUGAUGCGCAGGAACAGGAGUAUUUGGCUCAGGAGGCAGAGAGGAGAGGUGGCCAUGAGGAAACUAAGUGGGAGAGAAUUUAUAGAUUGACGCUUGGUUGGGCUUUUUAG